AUGAUGACGCGACCCGUUGUGUGUUUGCUAGUUUUUAUUUUGAGUGUUGCCUAUGUUUGUUUGGAAGGUGACGCGAAAUCUUGUCCGGAAAAUGGACUUAAUAAAGAUGGUUCUAAUUGCACUUCUGAUCCUCCGCGUACUCCUGAAACCAUUACUACUGUUUCUGGAGGUAGUAGUAGUGAUCGAAUAUUUAUAUCUCUCUAUGGUGAAGAAAAGGAGUACCCUGUGCCACCCUCUACUGGAAGUUCUAACUCUGGUACCACAAGGAGUUCCACUAGGGCACAAGAUCAGGGUGCGCCCCAAGGCCCAGUUGAGACGGCACCGGAUGUGGGUGGUGCAGGACAACCAACACUCUCUAAAAAUCCAGAAAUAUCUUUACAAGGAAACCCAAAUGAUCGAAACGGUUUGAAUGAAGGAGAGGGAGGACAACAUCCCGUUUCUCCCACCGCCCACGAACAAAGUAGAGGUGUUAAAGACAGUUCAUCGGUUACUUCUGCCACUCAACCGGGCCACAGUAAACCUGGUACUGGAGGUGAACCCAAUCUUGGAGAACAAAUCCAACCUCCAGAGUCUACUCCACCUACACAAGGUAACCAAGGAUCAUCAAAUAACACAGGGGAUAACACUACAACAGGCGAUUCUAAUACUACCCAGGAAACAUCUCCUGCAGAGGCAAGUACAACUAACGCAACAGCUUCACAAGAGAAUGGUAAUGCUGAUUCAACGGCCACCAACACUAAUACUACCACAGAAGCACCAACCACCACUCCAUCUCCUGUUCCCGUAACUGACCCACAGAUCAGCAGCAUUGCCCCCACUGUACUGAGGAACAAGGCCAGUGUUGACAGCAGUAUCAGUCCUGUGUGGAUGCGCACUGCAGCACCGCUGCUGAUUGUAGCUGUGUUGUUCUCCGUUACCCUGUACUGA